AUGACGCUGGAGGAGAUACUGAGGCCGAAAAGUAAACAGGAGGUACUUGUAGUUGUACUAGCAAUAUUUACUAGAGAAGGCUGCACUUGUUGUACAACUAGCAAUGUUCUUUAUUGAAGGCUCAGGCUGCUGAAGGUUGCUCGAACAGUAAUUUUUUCUCUAGCUCUCUGCUCUCGCUGUAUUCGAAAACUCUAAACAUUUGUCCAUUUGAUUUGUUCCACACAGGCCGCCACUUCCUUCGACGGAACAGCUACGUCCUUCCACAAAGAGCAAGAGACAAGUGAGCCAGAUGACGAUUCCCAGUCUGAGUUUUUGCAAAGAGAGAAAGCAACCUUGCAUGAUUUCGAGGAGCGACAAGCGCUCAAGGACGGCUUCCAAUGGCUUCUAUGUAUGGAAGGCACUAGCAAUACGAAGAGGAAGUUUGCUGCCCUCGGAGUCGUGUCUUUGAUCGUGGGCAUCACCAUAGUGUCGCAAGCUCAUGAUGGCCAUGCCAAAAGUGACGAUAGGGAAGCGCAGAACAUGCGCGUAGUGACCAUGUUUGGGCUGUUCCUGGCGAUAUUUGGCGGAUUGGUGUUCUGCUUCACGAGUUUGUGCUUCGAUUUCAACAACUUCAAUAAUGCAUCCAGUAGAUCCUCUACUUCACAAGGAGGUGGAUAUGAAACGAAAAAGUGUACUCAUCCUCUUCUAAGUAGGCACUUUCUAAGUAGGAAAAACAAAAAGCCUCUUUUCUUGAGGAUGAGUACACUUUUUUCCGUCAUAGUGGAACAAGGAGUUUCCUGUCCUCUGGUGGAGGCACUGGUGACAAUCCCGCACCUUCUGUACUCGGAGCAGCGGCAGGACUCUUAGGGAAUAGAAGACCCAAGAGUAAUGCCAGUUUGGCGGAUGCAAUGAGGAAAAGCCGAGCUAGUGGUGGGAGAGGCAACUUGUCAGCACGUAGUCGAGGCUCUGGACGUGGCAGUGGC